AUGAUUCCAGUUCAAGACAUAAUUGUCAAAGAGAGAGUCAAAUUUGCGCUUCUGCUUGAUAAUAGUAUUAUGGAUAUAAAAAACUACGCUGUACCAAACUCCAGCGAUAACUGGAAGAUUUCCGUGAAUCAAAAG